AUGGACAAGGAGUCCUUGAAGGCGAAUCUGAACAAGGCCGUCAACGCGAACAAGGCCUGGCUAGAUGAGAACAGUCGCCUCAACGGAGUGAUUGAAGACCUCAGGGGUGAAAACGCUCGCCUAGAGCGCUCAGUCUCUGUAGAAGACGGCCAGAUCGAGGGUUUCAAGAGAAGGAUCCAUGACCUUAAGAAGGAGCUCCGUCAAAUCGUUAAGGUCAACGACGACGCCAUUCACAGCUUGGAGGAGAAGCUAUUCAAGGCAAAUGACUCCGCCGGGCAGUGGAAGAGAAAGUUCGAGGACUUGAAGGUCAGCUACGACGGUGCCCGACGCCUUUUGGGUGACCGCGAUGCUCGGCUUGAGAGGAGCGAUGCUAUAAUCGACGAGCAAAGGGCAAAUAUCCACCGGCUACGAGAUUUGCUGGCUAGGUAUCGAGGGUGGUGA